CUAGGGCAAUGCCUUAGGUAUCCUGAAAAGGAGAUCCCGUCUCUCGCCAUCUCUGAUUGAUAUGAGGCAUUUGAUGAUGCUUCGAUGACCUGCAUUCGGCGAAGAUGUCGUUUCUCUCACGGUAUACUCGAAAUGCCGCUUACGACGUUAGAAAUUCGGUGCUCUACUGGAGUGUAUCUUUUCUUAAGGAUUUUGUUUUCUUUUCAUUCUGAAACUUGUACUGUUUGUGUCAUUAUCAUUUUUACGCUUGGGUUUCUGGGGGGUUUAACUAUGCAUUCUACGACAUGUCAGCGCAGCAUACAGUCACAUGGAACCAAAUGCUUUGCUUUUGUAUUGGUUUGUUUUCAUUCUGCUGGAUGAUUGUUAAUUUUACACUGCAAAUGCAGUGCUUGUAACGAUAUGUUUUAAAAAGGGAUGGGUAAUGGUCUACAUCUACUUCAUAGUAACAGCUCAUGCUUCCACUAGGCCAACGCUGCCAUGAAUUGAUAUUGAACA